CACCAGUGCUUCAAGGCAAAAAGACGGAAAUUUUGUCCGGCAGUGGCAGAUUCGAUAUCCCUGGCUACCCCGUGACAAAUCCAAACGAGACCCUAAAUUCGUCUGCAAUCCCACAAUCCGAACUUGUCGAGGCCCUCUAGGAGGAUUCAGGCAAAUUAGACGAUGCCAGACUUACCGGGUUAUAUGCGUGCCUGCUUGCACACUGGGAAACUUGCAUUUCUGGCAAUUUUGGUUUCUGGAGGAAUUGUGAUGCAGAUUUUGGCUUGUGCUUUGUACGAUAACUGGUGGCCAAUGUUAACUUUAAUAAUGUAUGUGCUUCUGCCGAUGCCCUUGUUGUUCUUUGCAGGGUCUGAUACUUCUUCUCUUCUAUCUGAAUCUGAUAACAGUUGGGUCAAUGCCACCAAGUUCUUAACUGGAGCUUCAGCAAUUGGAAGCAUUGCUAUACCAGCUAUCCUAAAGCAUGCUGGAGUCAUAGGUUGGGGAGCACUGGCAAUGGAGCUUUCAUCUUUCUUCAUAUUUGUACUGGCCAUAAUGUGUUACAUCCGCAUAGGUGGUGAUGAUGAUUAUAGUGUUCUUUGAAAGACGACAGAUUGAUGACCUGCCUCCAUUUCUGUAAAGAACCGUCAAGAUCAUUCGGAAUUAGGCUAUUUCUUCCCAGUUUUAACAACCACAUUUUUCUUGCUUUUAAGUUUGUUUCUUGAGAGCGGCAGGCUAAUAUUCUUUUUUCAUCAUAUGGUGAGUGCAUUACUGUGCAUUAACAUUUUCGGAUAAUGAAAGUUAGAAUGCUUUUGCUGUAAUUAGUUGUUGACUUCUUCUUCCUUGAUGAACAAAAAGAUGAAAAGUGUAUUCCUUUAUUUGCUAAAGGGUAAGUUGGAAGCCAAUUGUUUCCACUGGUUAAUACCUGGAUUUAAGCAUUGAUUUUUCGUUGUCUUCCUCAAAUUCACUGGUGAGCCUCAAUGAGAUUCCUGGGAAACAAGAUUUACGGCGUAAGAAAUUCUUCAAUGUCAG